GUUUUCCAAUGGUGCACUCUGAUUGGCCGACGCGAAUGUGAGCAGUGCACCUCACGUCGCGUCAUCCCUCCAUCUUUCUCGAAACCUAUCAUUGCCUGCAAGGAACGUUGCCGGCGAAUUCAGCACCGCAACCACAACGCCCCAAAACCCGCACGAAAAAAGCGACAAGCAAGCUCUCAAGAUGGGUAUUAAAGGCCUCUUCCAGAUCAUCUCGGACAACGCUCCAAAUGCCGUCCGCAACAGCGACAUCAAGCAGCACUUCGGCCGCAAGGUCGCCAUCGACGCGUCCAUGAGCAUCUACCAAUUCCUGAUCGCUGUGCGCUCAGAGGGCCAGCAACUCAUGUCCGACAGUGGCGAGACUACCUCGCACCUCAUGGGCAUGUUCUAUCGCACGCUCCGCAUGGUCGACAAUGGCAUAAAGCCGCUGUAUGUCUUCGAUGGAAAGCCGCCGAUGCUGAAGUCGGGGGAGCUGGCGAAGCGUGUGGCUCGGAAGGCGCAGGCCGAGGCCGGGUUCGCGGAGGCGAAGGAGUCCGGCAAUGCCGAGGAAAUGGAGAAGUACGCGAGACGCACGGUUAGGGUGACCAGGGAGCAGAACGACGACUGUAAGAUGCUGCUCAAGCUCAUGGGCAUUCCGUAUGUCGAGGCGCCGUGUGAGGCUGAGGCUCAAUGCGCCACGCUUGCGAGAGAGGGUUCGGUCUUCGCUGCGGCUUCCGAGGAUAUGGACACGCUCUGCUUCAGGUCUCCGAUUUUGUUGAGACAUCUCACGUUCAGCGAGCAGAGGAAGGAACCCAUCCAGGAGAUCCAUCUGGACAAAGCUCUCGCCGGAUUGGAGUUCACAUACGACCAGUUCAUCGACAUGUGUAUUCUCCUCGGCUGCGACUACUGCGACACGAUCCCGAAAAUCGGGCCUACAACGGCGCUGAAGAUGAUACGUGAACACAAGUCGCUCGAGAAAGUCAUUGAGAACCUGGGCGAGAAAUACACCGUCCCCGAGAACUGGCCGUAUCUCGAUGCGCGUGCGCUCUUCCACAAACCUUCCGUGACCGAUCCGAAAGAUCUCGACUACAAGUGGGAGGCUCCGGAUAUCGAGGCUCUAGUCAAGUUCUUGGUCGUAGAUAAGGGCUUCAACGAGGACCGUGUUAGGAGCGGUGCUGCAAGAUUGACGAAGGGCUUGAAGACAUCGACCCAGGCUCGUCUCGGCGACUUCUUCAAACCGAUCCCCAAGACUGCGGAGGAAUUGGAGGCCUUGAAGAAAAAGAACGAAACAAAGGCAGCCGAGAAAAAGAGAAAGGCCAAGUCCACAGCCGAGACGAAGAAGGGCGGUGGUGGCAAGAAACCGAAGUUGGGUGGUGCGUAGUUCGCAGUUGUUGCUUCACAUGUAGUUUGCCUGUUUUUUCCUUUUCCUCUUCCCUUUUCGACAACGCACCGCACGCGAGAGAAGAUAUACGGUAGCCGCUUUACUUUACCUGCGCAUUGAUGGGUUUCAUUUGAAUGGGAUUUUUUUUGUCUUUACGCGAGAGCAAAUGCGAUGUAGUGAAGACUUUGUAGUGGGGAGUGAGAAUCGUUUGAAUCGUUUGAAUAGUCGAUGUGGAUGGGC